UCCGAGGUCGCCGGAGCGGCCUGACCGGGCAGGGGACGGCGAACCCGUCUUGGAUCGGCCGAGAGAGGCUACGAAACGAGACGAAAAGGCGCUUUCCGUCCUUCACGAUGUCCGAAGGAACUUCAGGCGGCGAUCCCGAGAGUGCCAGGCCCGCACUUUCUGCUGCCAGAGGAUUAAUUGGGAGAAGGACUCCCGUGCCCAUCUCACCAGGCCGCCUGCCCUCCAUCCGCUCCCGAGAUCUUACCCUUGGUGGCGUAAAAAAGAAAACCUUUGCCCCGAACAUAAUUAGCAGGAAAAUCAAAGAAGAGCCCAAAGAGGACCUUUCUGCCAAGAAAGAGAAGGACCGUGAUCGAGAUCGGCAGAGAGAAUGUCACGGACGAGGCAGAGGGAGGCCAGAAGUCAUUCAGUCGCAUUCCAUCUUCGAGCAAGGCCCGGCAGAAAUGAUGAGGAAGAAAGGUACCUGGGAUAAGUCUGUGGAUAUGUCUGACUUUGGCCCGUCCCACAUCAUCAACAUAAAGAAAGAGAAGAGGGAGACAGAUGAAGAGACUAAGAAGAUCCUGCGCAUGUUGGAGAAAGAUGAUUUCCUGGAUGACCCAGGCUUGAAAAAUGACAUUCGGAACAAGCCAGUUCAGCUGCCUCUGGCACAUUCUGGUUGGCUUUUCAAGGAAGAAGGGGAUGAUCAAGAGGACGUCAAGCUAUUGAACUCUAGCCAUAAAGAGGAGGAGAUGGAAAUAGGUGUAUCUUCAGUGAAAGUGAAAGAGGAGCCCCACGAUGAAGAGGAGACGCCACUUGUCCAGGCUGCAGCGCCCACGAAAACCCCUCCUCCCUUCCCUCAGGAUGUCUCCCUGGCGGAGCUGCUGCCAAGGUUGAGCCUCUCCAAGGAGGAAGAGCUGCUCUUCCUGCAGCUGCCGGACACGCUCCCGGGGCAGCCACCCACCCAGGACACCAAGCCGCUGAAGACGGAGGUGCAGAACGAGGAUGGGCAGGUGGUGGUGAUCAAGCAGGAGAAGAACCAGGAGACCAAGGAGGCAGAGAACACCUGCACCCUGGGGGACCUCUCGGAAGGGCAGGUGGGGAAGCUGCUGAUCCGCAAAUCGGGAAAGGUGCAACUUGUCCUGGGCAGAGUGACUCUUGAUGUGACCACAGGAACCCCAUGUUCCUUUCUUCAGGAGCUGGUGUCAGUCAGCAUUGGGGACAAUCGGAGUGGCGAGAUGAUUGUCCUGGGCCAUGUGAAGCACAAGCUGGUUUGUGCUCCAGAUUUUGAAUCCUUGCUGGCAUACAAGCAUCGAUAGAGCUGCUGCAGAGCUCCUUGCCAGAAGAGCUGGUUGUUCUGCCUAAACAACACUGAUCUGGGCUCUCCAAAAGUGCCUGUUCCUCAGUUGAUGAGAUAGAGGCGUUUCUAAGAAGACCCUGCUAGAAGAGAUUGGCUACAUUGGAGGGAAUGGGCCUGUCAGACAUCUUGCUGGCUGAGGGCAUCUGGAGCUAUAGGAUCUCUGGGGGCGGGGGAAAGGGUUCUCCUGGAAGCCGGAACCGAGGGCCUGUGGCAUCCUUCCUCCCAGUUCCAUAUGGGACAUGACUUGCACCCUUGUAACAACCUUAAUGACUUAAUUCUGUGCACACUCCCUGGUGAUGUUAUCUCAAAAGGGAGAUUGGAAAGAUGUGAGACUUGGAGCCAAGACUACCUGUUUAGCAGCUGUUUCCUGCAGACGAUAGAGAAGAUGUCACCAUUCCAAACAUUUGUAGGAGAGUACAGUGAUGCCUUUUCUCUUUUACCUUCUGGAUCUUACCUACCACACACUGCAAUAGGAUUAAAAGGCACAGGGUGAGAGGUUUGGGUGGACACAUUCCCAAAUAGUAGAUUGUGUCUUCAGCAGAGAGAUACCCCAUACACCUCCGAUGUCUAGACCAGCUCCAUCAGGCACUUGGUGAAACUGGUUACUUUCAUCCUAUCCUUGAACAGCCAGGAAAAAACACCUGGUUGACAAGCUCUGCCGUUUCCCAUGCUUAUAAUGCUGUGUGUGAUAAAAGCAGGAAAGGGUUUCUUUUAUAAACGUAGAAGGCAGAGAGGAACACACUCUCUUAAUCCGGCUUUCAUCGCUGUACCUGUUGUCCUUGAUGAAGGAUUCCUGCAGUGAUGGUGGUGGCAGCUCCUCUGCCCCUGAUCAAGGGGUCUAUUUUGUCCAUCAGAAAAUCAUAUUCUGACUGUUACAGCCUUUAAUUUGGGGAAGGAAGAUGAGAGAUGGUGCCAAAAUCAAUCAAUCAAUCUCACACACACACGCAUGCAUGCAUGCACACCUAUUGAGGAAUUCAGUGGUCUGGUUUAAAAUGGUUCUGCUUUCACACCCUACCUUGGGCUUGGUACAUGAUGGCAAGAAAGUUGUGAUUUGCUUGUCAUGCCUUGUUAAAGAGGACAGUUCAAUGUUUAAAGAUUUUUAUAGAGCAGCAGUUAAAGUGUGUGUAUUCUGCUUGGGUUUUUUUUUUUUCAUCUAGAGCAACUGGGAAAUUAUAAAUCAGAGAAGGCAGCUGGUGGUAGUAUGGAGUACAAAUAUUAAUUCUCUGUUGAAACGUUCUUUCAGCUGGGUACCUUUAUUUGAUCUUUGUCAAGUAAAGUUGGAGAGAGCAACGAUUCAGUGGCCAGGCUGAUGCCAUUUACUUAUCAUCUGUAUAUCUGUAACUAAAAGUGGACUAGAAUGA